AUGCCCUUUAUUUAUCACAUUCCUUGUUGUUUUUAUCCAUUUAUUAUACAUUUAUUUGCUUUCAUAAUUCACUGUCAAUUCCACAAUCUAAUAGAAUCCAUCAUCUUUUUUAAAGAGAAAAGCAGACAUAUUCUUUUAUUUUUUCUUCCUCAUCUUGCCCGGUCCAUAUUUUUUUCCAUCUCUUUCUUCUUUUUCACUUUUAUUCAUUUUCUUCGACUUCCUUUCUUUCUCUCUCAUCUUGCCCUAUUCCCUUGUUGUUCCUCGUCUUCUUGUUCUUUUUAUACCUUUUUUUUCUCCCUUUUUACGCCAUUUGUGUACAUUGUUCUCUUUUUCUCAAUUCUAUCUUCUUUAUACGAUUUGUUAGUUUUUUACUUAUUCCUUUUCUUCAUUUCUUUUACUUCUCAUUUAUUUUGUCAUUCCCCCUCACACUUCUUUUUGUUUCUCCUCUUCUCGGCAGGGUUAAGAGUUUAUCUUUCUUCUCCUCUUAUUCUAAUGCAUCCUUUUCUUUACCUUCAUCUUCUAUCUUUCUUUUAUCUUCGUUUACUUCUUUCCUUUCUUUUCUUUUUCCUAUUUACUUCAUUUUUCUUCUCUUGCAUCUUGUCUUUUCAUCCCUCCUCUUUCAUUUUUUCCAACUUUUAUUUGUUUUUUUUUCUUCCCAUUCUUCUUUUCCCUCUACUUAAUACCUCUUCUUCUCUCACAUCGCUUCUUUUUCUCACUCCGACUUACAUAAUAUUUCCUUUUUCCUUUUUUUUUCUUUCCAUCUGUAAUUUCUUUUUCCCUUUUCUUCUUUACCCUCCACUUUAUUCCUCUUUUUUCUCUCCCUCAUCUUCUCUUUUCCUCACUGAGAUUUCAUAUUCCAUAAGGGAGAAAAAUAAGUAUAAAUAUUUCUCUUUCUUCCUCAUCUGGUCUUUUCUUCUCUCAGCUUUCAUAGUUCAUUUUACUUUUCAUAUUUCAUUUCGUUUUACUUUCUUCUUUUUCCUCUUCCUUACACAUCAACCUUUUUUUUUUUACAAAUUCAGCAUUCAUCUUUCUUUUCUCAUCUCUCUCAACUUGAUCAACCAUCCAUCGUCACCGACAAUUCUACAACCCGGCAGUCGACCAGCUACCGCCGCAGACAACUCUACAACCCGGCAGUCCAACAACCCGGCAGUCGACCAGAUACCGCGGCUGACAGCUCUACAACCUGGCAGUCGACCAUCUACCGCCGUGGACAAUUCCACAAAGCGGCAGUCAACCAGCAAUCAUGACCGACAAAACUACAACACGGCAGUCGAUCAGCUACCGCCGCCGACAACUCUACAAAGCGGCAGUCGACCAGCUACCGCCGCCGACAACUCUACAAAGCGGCAGUCGAUCAGCUACCGUCGCCGACAACUCUACAAAGCGGCACCACCGUCAACGAUAUCACUACAACCCGACAGUCGACCAUCUACCGCUGACGACAUCUCUACAAACCGGCAGACAACCAGCUGCCGCCGCCGACAAUUCUACAACCCGGCAGUAGACAAACUACCGCCGCCGACAAAUCUACAACACGGCAGUCAACCAGGCACCGUCACCGACAACACUACAACUCGGCAGUCGACAAGCUACCGCUUCCGACAACUCUACAACUCGGCAGUCGACCAGCUAACGCAACCGACAAAACUACAAACCGGCAGUCGACCAGCUAGCGCUGCCGACAAUUCUACAAAGCGGCAGUCAAACAGCCACCGUCACCGACAACUCUACAAACCGGCAGCCGACCAGCUACCGCUGCCGACAAAUCUACAACCCAGCAGUCGACCAGCUACCGGCGCCGACAAUUCUAUAACCCGGCAGUCGACAAAGCUACCGCCGCCAACAAAUCUAAAACCCGGCAGUCGACCAGAUACCGCCGCUGACAACUCUACAAAGCGGCAUCGAUCAGCUACCGCAACCGACAGCUCUACAACACGGCAGUCGAUCAGCUACCGUAACCGACAACUCUACAACCCGGCAUCCGAGCAGCUACCGUCACCGACAACUCUACAACCCGGCAGUCGACAAGCUACCGCUGCCGACAACUCUACAAACCGGCAGUCAACCAGCUACCGCCGCCGACAACUCUACAACCCGGCAGUCAACCAGCCAUCGUCGCCGACAACUCUAGAACCUUGCAGUCGACCAUCUACCGUCUCCGACAUUUCUACAACCCGGCAGUCGACCAGCUAUCGCUGUCGACAACUCUACAACCCGGCUGUCCACCAGCCACCGUCACCGAAAACUCUACAACCCGGCAGUCGACUAGCUACCGCUGCCGACACCUGUACAACCCGGCAGUCGACCACCUACCGCCGCCGACAACUCUACAAACCGGCCCUCGGCCAGCUCCCGUCGCUGACAACUCUACAACCCGGCAGUCGACCAGCCACCGUUGCCGACAAAUCUACAACCCGGCAGGCGACCAACUACCGCGGCCGACAACUCUACAACCCGGCAGUCGACCAGCACCGCCGCCGACAACUCUACGAAGCGGCAGUCAACCAGUCACCGACAACUCUACAAACCGGUAGUCGACCAGCUACCGCUACGACAACUCUACAAACCGGCAGUCGACCAGCUACCGCUGCCGAAAACUCUACAAACCGGCAGUCGACCAGCUACCGCCGCCGACAACUCUACAACCCGGCAGUCGACAAACUACCGCCGCCGACAACAAUACAACCCGGCAGUCAAGCAGCCGCCGCCGCCGACAAAUCUACAAACCAGCUGUCGACGAGCUACCGCUCCCGACAAAUCUACAACACGGCAGGCGACCAGAUACCGCCGCCGACAUCUCUAAAACCCUGUAGUCGACCAGCUACCGACGCCGACAACUCUACAACCCAGCAGUUAACCAGCCACCGUCACCGACAAAUCUACAACCCGGCAGUCGACCAUCUACCGCUGCCGACAACUCUAGAACCCGGCAGUCGAACAGCUACCACCGCCGACAACUCUACAAACCGGCAGUCGACCAGCUACCUCCGAGGACAACUCUACAACCACGUCAUCGGCCAGCUCCCGCCGCCGACAACUCAACAACCCGGCAGUCAACCAUCUACCGUCACCGACAACUCUACAACCCGGCAGUCGACCAACUGCCGACAACUCUACAACCCGGCAGUCGACCAGCUUCCGCUGCCGUCAACUCUACAACCCGGCAAUCAUCCUUGUUUCUAUUGUAAAGGUUUCUUCGGCAUUCAUCGAAAGAAGCAUAUAAGGAACAUAUUGAUUCCAGAUCACAUCAGUGUCUAG